AUGGCCUCAGCUGCAGUUACCAAGAAGUUGAGGGAGGAAGCCACCUGCCCCAUCUGCCUGGAGCUCAUGACUGAGCCCGUGAUUAUCGACUGUGAGCACAUCUACUGCCGUGUGUGCAUAGUGGGUUUUAUAAAGAACCAAAGCUCUCAAGCAUCAUCUCUGAAAUGUCCCCAGUGUCGGGAAUCUUUUAAAAGAGAUAGCAUCCGGCCCAACAGGCACCUGGCAAGUAUCAUUGAAACCAUCAAGGAGACAGAGCGUGAAAGGUUGUGUGAGAAACAUGGCGAGCAGCUCCUCCUGUUCUGUGAGGAUGACGGUCAGCUCAUCUGCUGGCGCUGUGAGCACUCACCAGAGCACAGAGGACAUGUCACUGCUCUUGUUGAAGAUGUAUGCCAAGGUUACAGGGAACAGCUCCAGAAAGCAGUCACAAAACUGAAAGUAACAGAAUCUAAAUAUAAGCAGCUGAAGCUAGACACAACUCAGAAAAUAAGUUGCUGGGAGGAAACAAUAAGGCUUGAGAAACGAAGAAUCCAUUCUGAGUUUAAGGUUCUUCAAACAUUCCUGCACCAGGAGAAGGAGUUAUAUAUAUGUCGGCUGGAGAAAGAAAGAGUGCAGAAGCUGAGGAGACUGCAGGACAAUGUAUCCCAUCUGGACAACAAACUACAGGAACUUGAGAACCACAUCCAGGAAAUGGACAAGAAAUGUCAGGGCUCAGCACAGAAUUUGCUGCAGGAUAUAAAAGACACCUUGGACUCGAACUCAGCUAUUGAUAUGGAAACACCAGAGGAUGUUUCUGUGGAGGUGCAUACUGUGUGCAAUGUCUCUGAGCUUUACUUUAGUGUCAGAAAAAUGUUAAAGCGCUAUCAAGUCACUGUGACUCUGGAUCUAGAUACUGCUAAUGAAAGACUAUAUCUGUCUGCUGAUGAGAGAGGUGUGACCCAAAAAGAAAAAAAAAAACAAGUCUUUAUUUCAGAACAAUUUAGUGCCUUUCCCUGCAUCCUGGGCCAUGAGCACUUCACCUCAGGAAGACAUUACUUUGAAGUGGAUGUGAGAAAAGGAACCAAGUGGAGUGUAGGAGUUUGUCUGGAAAAUGUGCCAUGGGACAUUGACAUUGAACGACAGCCUCAGUCUGGGUUCUGGGUCAUCAGAAUGGCAAAGGACAAGGGCAACUUAGUCCUUACUUAUCCCCCAAUCACCCAUCCUCUGAUGGACCAACCUCAAAUCGUAGGGAUUACUCUAGACUGUGACGCUGGGAUCAUAUCCUUCUACAAUGCAACUACUGGUUCCCACAUCUACACCUUCCCAAAGGCCUCCUUCUCUCAUGCUCUCAGACCUUACUUUGAGGUUCAUCCAUUUUCUUCUUUGUCCCUGAUUUCCUCAAAUGAGUAA